UAUUUACUCUGCUACAAAUAUCAGUUUCCCAAACCCCGCUCUCUCUCUCUCUCUCUCUGUGAAAAACGAUGGAAUGCUGUUCUAUGCAAGUAUCGUCGUCUCUGUCUUCCUCUAUUCUCAACGUUCAGGGCUCUUCAUCUCCUUUCAGUAGAAAAUUUUCGAACAAAUCUUUCCAUCCUCGGUUACUGUCCUCUCCACUACCUAAACCGUUUCUUCAACUUAAUGACAAACCGAAGUCCUUUGUUUACAGACAAAGCUUAGCUUCUCUCUCUUCAAGAACAAAUAACGGGCCUGUAUCAGCAGAAGCUGGAAAGCAGAGUUGGGACUUUGGCAGAUUUUUAAAAACUUUAUAUUUUUUUAAUGGACCCCCAUCCCCUGCCAAGUUCUUUGAAUUUCUGAUUGAGAAACUAUCCAGCCCAUCACCCAGUGAGCCAGUAAAGGCCAUGGAUACUUCUGGUAUUAUCCUGGUAGCUGGAGCUACUGGUGGUGUGGGUAGAAGAGUAGUCAACAUCUUACAGAAGAAAGGAUUGCCAGUCCGAGCAUUGGUCAGAAAUGAAGAGAAGGCAAGAAAGAUGUUCAGCCCAGAUAUUGACUUGAUUGUUGGAGACAUUACUAAGGAGAGCACUCUGGUCCCUGAGUACUUCAAAGGAGUGAGGAAAGUUAUUAAUGCCGUUUCUGUCAUUGUUGGUCCAAAGGAAGGGGACACUCCUGACAGGGCAAAAUACAGCCAAGGAAUCAAGUUCUUUGAACCGGAGAUAAAAGGUGAUUCUCCUGAAAUGGUGGAAUACAUUGGAAUGAAAAAUUUAAUCAAUGCUGUAAAAGGGAGUGUUGGACUUCGAAAGGGCAAACUACUCUUUGGAUUUGAAGAUAAUAACUCUAGAGAACUCGCUUGGGGUGCUCUAGAUGAUGUUGUAAUGGGAGGAGUUAGUGAAAGCACAUUUCAAAUUGACCCAAUAGGCAGUGAAAUUGGUGGACCAACUGGCCUUUUCAAAGGUGUUGUCUCCACUGCUAACAAUGGUGGCUUUACCAGUAUCAGAACAAGGAAUUUUUCAGUCCCAGAAGAUGUUUCUGCAUAUGAUGGUUUGGAGCUUCGCCUUAAAGGUGACGGUCGCAGGUACAAAAUGAUUGUUCGCACUAGCAGUGAUUGGGACACUGUUGGUUAUACGGCAGGCUUUGACACUGUAGCAGGCCAAUGGCAGUCAAUACGCUUGCCAUUUUCUUCCUUGAGGCCUAUAUUUCGAGCACGAACUGUAUCAGAUGCCCCGCCCUUUGACCCAACCAAUAUUGUAUCAUUGCAGCUCAUGUUCAGCAAGUUUGAGUAUGAUGGGAGAUUGAAUCCAACUUUUGUAGAAGGUGCAUUUCAACUUCCUGUAUCAAGCAUUCGGACGUAUAUAAAGGAUCCCAUAUGUCCAAGGUUUGUACAUGUGGGCUCGGCUGGAGUUACCCGACCUGGGAGGCCUGGACUGGAUCUGAGUAAACAACCUCCUGCUGUCCGCUUGAACAAGGAAUUGGGUUUUAUUCUCACAUUCAAGUUGAAGGGGGAGGAUUUAAUACGGGAAAGUGGAAUGCCGUAUGCAAUCAUUAGGCCAUGCGCAUUGACUGAGGAGCCUGCUGGGGCAGAUCUCAUUUUUGACCAGGGAGACAAUAUAACAGGUAAGGUAUCAAGGGAAGAGGUUGCUCGUAUAUGUGUUGCUGCUUUGGAAAGCACAUACGCUUGUGACAAGACAUUUGAGGUUAAAAGUGUCAUUCCAUUUAGUGAACCUUUCACAGUGGACCCUGAAAACCCGCCACCAGAGAAGGACUACAACAUAUAUUUCAAAACUUUAAAGGAUGGCAUUACGGGGAGAGAAAUCCUUGAAGAAAGUCCUGUUCCAGUGUGAUAAUGAAUGUUAGCUGCUCUGAUUUCUAAACUGUAUAUUCAACACCUGGGAGCAAACAGGGCGAGGUUUCUGAAGAAGCAUGUAAGCAUGGAAAGAAAAUAUAGCAUAUAUCUUAGCUUUGCUCUCAAGCAAUGACAAUGUAUAGUCGUAGAUCCAUCACAUAAAUAGUAGAAAACACCAACUGGCAUUCAAAAGUUUUGCACACUGUUCAUGGAUGCAUACUUACAUUAAUUAAGAAGCAAGUAAAUGGAAACAUGUUUUACAUU